AUUUGGCCCAAGUCGGUUUAUAUGUUUAUGUUGACAUUUUGACAACGACAGUCGAAAACUAUUAUUAUGGUGUUGAUUUUUAGUACUACUUCAAAUUUUAAUGUUGUUUUUAUAAGUUCAUAACUUUUCAAUUUCUAUAACCCUUAAUCUCAAUUCGAACAUUUUAAAAUUCAAAGUUUAUUAUUUACGGACAUUAAAACUAUGUAUAUUUAAUAUACUAUCUAAAUAUAAUUCAUAACAAUGAAACAAAAACUUAUAUUGCCUAUGUAAAAGUGAAUUUAAACUUGGCAAAUACGAAUUAAAAUAUUUUGUUAUCAUAUAUAGUAAUAAUUAGUUAUCUCAUGGUUGAUAAAAUGUGUUGUUUACGUUGCCGUAUCACUACAAUAUAUGGCAGAAAGAAAUAAAUGAGUGAUGUGGGCGAAAGACCGAAGACUCGAAGACCGGUGCGAAGGCAGAGAUCUAUUUAUCAGGUGCAUUACAGUCUCCGCCCGAGAGAGGACGAGAUGAUGGCUAAGCCCCUCGCCAUGCCUUCCGGCCCGCUGCAGGUGCAAGCCUUCGAGCUGCAAGUCGCCGGGCACAAGAACGACAACAACGACACGCGGUAUAUGGGAUUACUUCAAUGUAGCAACGGGAGAGUCCUCAAACCAAUCAUAAAGGAAUGCCAGAAGCGAGAAGUAGAAUUCUACUCCCGCGUAUGGUCUUCCAAUGAUCCAGAUCUGGUGGAACUUAGAAAGUACAUUCCAAAGUAUUACGGCUGCAAGAAGUUCACUUACAAUGGAUACGAACAGGACUACAUCAUGCUUGAGGAUUUGACAGAGAGGAUGUUGGAACCUUGUAUUAUGGAUGUGAAAAUUGGUAGAAGAACAUGGGACCCGCUCGCAACAGAAGAGAAGAUAAAGAAAGAACAAAGCAAGUACAAACAGUGUAAAGAGGAAUACGGUUUCUGUAUCCCCGGCUACCAAGUGUACAAGCUGGCCACGGGCAAGCUGCAGAAGUAUAACAAGGAAUACGGGAAGAAGUUACAUGGACCCAUGGUUAGGACAGCCAUCAAGAACUUCCUGAACGGCCUCGGCGGCAGCGUGUGCCGCGCGCUGCUCCUGCAGCAGCUGUCGGCGCUGUGGGCGCUGCAGCGCUGGGCGGCGCGCGCGCGGCCGCUGGCGCUGUUCGCCGCGUCGCUGCUGCUCGUGUACGACGCCGCCCGCCUGCGCGCGUGCUGCGACGACGCGCCGACGGUAUCACGCAUGCAAUGUCGCGAACCGUCGAUACCGCGAAGGAAAUCUAUCCAUUCCCUGCACAGUCCCGUAUCUGGUUCUAAUUUUAGCGGCCAAAUCUCCUCCAAGGGUCCCGUUUACAGGAAAGUUAAUUCCGUCCCCAUUUCUCCUAUGAGUCUCACUCGUGAAUCCUUCUCCUCUCCUCCCCCGAUCAAGUCUCCCUGGACCGAAGCCCUGGAGAAGCUUAACAACAGCCACUCUUUCGAGCAUAAUUACGAAGACAAAUUAUCCAAGAUCAAAAUGAACUACAGGGCGUUAUUGGAUCAGCUGUCGAGCGACUCUCCGACUCCAAAUCCGUGGGGGACGGUCAAGAUAAUAGACUUUGUUCAUGCAUUCUUCAAUGAUGAAGAAGAAGCGGAAGUGGACACUAAUUUCAGAGAUGGAAUAAACAGUUUAGUUGAAAUCUUCGAAUCGUUAUUGAGAGAAACGGACGAUCAGGUAUUCUGAUAAAUUUCUUCAAAGUCACGGAUUUUUUGGAACAACAAUACGCCAUAUUUAAUUUUUGACAUUAAAAUAUUAAAUGUUAAAUAUGCUCUAAGAAGAAGAACUGGUCUCCUGUGAUCCAAAGCCUUGAAUAAUUAAUUAGUAAUUUAGUUAAAGAAUUUUCUGACAAUUUUCAUGACAUAAGGUAACAAGUAACCUUUGCUCCAAGAUAUCUUAAAAUAAUGUUUUACUUAAAAUGUCUUAUUUUGUGCCAAAUGUUGUACAGUAUUGUUUGAAAAUCUGAUAUUCCUAAAAAUGAAAAUUUGUGCCAAUUUUAUUCUUGAAUUAUCGAAAUGACAGAGAAAUGUCUUUUAGAUUAUAUUUUAUAACUGUUACUAUAUAUUAAGAUUUAUUUCUUUGUUAAUGUAAAAAUUUUAAUGUUCCUCAGCCUUAUUAGGGGUUGGGCACUCUUUAAUUUGCGACUCACCAUUUUUAGGUAAAUAUAAAAGGUAUUAACUAUUAACCAACGUAUGUCUUGUUAAUAAUAAUAACAUUAAUUAUAUUAUAUAAUAUUGUUUUAAAUUGAUACUGUAUUUGAUCUUAUUCCACCAACCUGAAUUAGAGUGGCAUGGUGGAAUAAGCUAAAGGCCUCCUCAAAAUAGAGGCCUUUGUCCAGCAGUGGGACAUUAACUGGCUGUUACUUAUUCUAGAUGUUUCAUAUAUAGUUCUUAUUUUAUAGACGUGGCGGUCGCAACUUAAACAUGACAAUGUUUGGGGCUUGAGAAACUGUGUAUUAAGGUAUAUGACGUUUAAAUAAAACAAUUGUGUAUUUAUAAAAAUCAGUACUUAAUAAUGUAAUUUGUUUUAAUAAAAGAAGUGAUAUUUCGCUUUCGCAUUUAAAAUAUUUAUUUUCGAAAUCAGCCAAAAAUAUUAUCAAACUAAAUGUAUUAACAUAAAAUAUCGUCUAGAAUGAAACCGUGGCGCCGAACGGUCUGAAAUGAACUCUAUGCGUAUGCAAUAAGGGUCAUUCAAUACAAGGUAUUAGACGAUUCCUACAAAUCAAUCUACGAAAUCUUAUCGUUGGAGAUAAACAAUCCCAUAAACGGCAAAACGGUACGGCUUUAUAUCGAAUUUAUUUAAAAAAUAUACUCGAAUAAUUCAUACAGCAUUUAGGGUUACCACUUUACUAGUUUUUUAGUUUCAAAAGAUAAAUAACUCGGUAAUAACAAUCCAAUUAAACGGUAAGUAUAAUCAAGUCAACCCUACACGUUAAUAACAAUUUUCACUUUAUACGAAUCUUUGAUCUCUUAUCUAUCCAUAAGCGAUAGAAACGUUAAGUUUGAGCUAAACUUGAGUAUUGUUACACUCUUGUUACACCGAAGUUAUUUUAAAUUUAAUUUUUAAUGGUAUUUUUUUUUAAAUAUAUAGGAUGAUAUGAAUCAAAUUUUAAGUUCGGAUUUGCAACUUCUGUCAUGUCUACUGAGCAGCACAUAUAUAUUUUUUUUAAUUUAAAAACAAAAGAAUUAAUUUAAACCGAAAAUGGCAACCCUAUGAAGGCUUAAACGUGUACAUAAAGUAACAUAUGUAUUUAUGUGCGAUUUUAAAUUAGUCAAUUUGACUUUAGGAAUAGUCGAAUGCCCUAUAUAUAAAAUAUAAGUUAAUAAAUUGUACAUUUGUCAACAGUCUUGUUACACUAAAUCGUGAAAAUUCAAUAUUUAAACAACAGUAAAUUCUUUCGUAAUAUCAUCAAACAUGUGUUUCGUCGUCGGACAAUUUAGUUAUGCAAUAGGAACUUUUCUUGUUGCCUUAUUAGGAAAAGCAUAUU